AUGACAACAUUUUCAACUGAAUUCUUGUCACACGCUCUCUAUUUCAGAACCCACCCAAACCGCGUUUAUUGCCAUUCAAAUCCCAACAGUAUCGUCACUUGCUCAACCCCACUUCUAAACGAAGGUAACACUAACAAGGGAAGAACAGGAAUCAACCAACCACAAAUCAGGGUCAAUGAAACAAAGCCAAAACUUGAUCAAAAUUACGACUUUCGAGACACCGAUUCCUUGAAAACUCUCUAUAGGUUAUACAAAUCAGCCAUGUAUGAUGAAGCUCUCUACUCUCUUCAGCACACGGUUAAUAGGGGUUAUAAACCUGAUGUUAUUCUUUGCACAAAAUUGAUUAAGGGUUUUUUCUACUCUAAGAAAAUUGAGAAAGCUAUUCAGGUUAUGGAGAUUUUGGAAAAGCACGGUGAGCCUGAUGUUUUCGCCUAUAAUACAGUUAUGAAUUUGCUUUGUAAAGCUGAUAGAGUUGAUGCUGCCAAUAAGGUGUUUGAUAGAAUGAAAAAGAGAGGCUUUUUACCUGAUAUUGUUACUUAUAAUAUUCUCCUUAGGAAUCUUUGUGGGAAGGGUAAACUUGAUUUGGCUUUAAAGGUUAUGGACCAGUUGUUGAAAGAUAAUUGUAGGCCAAAUGUUAAAACUUAUACUAUUUUGAUUGAAGCAACUAUUAUUGAGGGUAGUAUUGACCAAGCUACGAAGCUUUUGGAUCAGAUGUUGUCCCGAGGACUUCGACCUGAUGUGUAUGCUUACAAUGUUGUUGUUACCGGUAUGUGUAGACAAGGUUUGUUGGAUAGAGCUUUUCUGUGUAAGAAUGGACAUGCUGACGAGGCAUUCAACAUCUUGGAGAAGCUCGAUGAAGUGGGUUGUCCUCGAAAUGCAGAUUCUUAUAAUACAUUGUUUUGUGCAUUGUGGAGGAUCGGCGAUAAAAUUAGAGCGUUAGGGAUGAUUCUGGAGAUGUUAAGCAAAGGCAUUGAUCCUAACAUGAUCACAUAUAAUUCACUUAUUUCUUACUUGUGCAGAGAUGGAUUGGUGGAUCAGGCAAUUGAGUUGUUGGUUGACAUGAUGGAGAGUCGCAAGUUUCAGCCUAUUGUUAUUAGUUACAAUACUGUUAUUCUUGGAUUGUGCAAGGUGGGAAGAAUCAUAGAUGCUAUUGAGGUGCUUGCUGCUAUGAAUCAGAGAGGAUGCUUGCCAAAUGAAACUACAUACUUAUUGUUGGUUAAAGGGAUUGGUUUUGGUGGCUGGCAAAAUGACGCAAUGGAGUUGGCUAACUCACUUGUUAAUAUGGAUGCUAUUUCGGAAGAUUCAUUCAAACAUUUGAACAAAGCGUUUCCUGUGUUUGAUGCGCACAAAGCUUGCAAUAUCAGAAUGAACUAA